AUGGUCCUUGAGGAAGCCACCAACCCGGCGAACGCGCCGCCCGAUUCCUUUGCUGAUAAUGCGUAUCCGUCCGACACCGACCCGUACUCUACUUCCAAUGGCAGUCCGCAGCAAUCAAACGUCCGAAUCGACCUUAGCGAAUUCCCGCUGCCGCCGCCAAUUCUCGGCGCUCUCGUGGGAUAUCCUCGCUCACGCGUUGUGGGCAACGUCACCGAAUAUAUGAAGGCCGCAACGCACGUCUUACACCGUACGUUAACAGAAGAUGAAGCUAAAGCGCUUACGUAUCAUGUCGCCAAGGCGAGCAGCACAUCGGCCUAUGGUGCAUCCGUCGGCGCCCUUGUGGCUAUGGCUCGCUGCUACCAGACUAGGAGGGAGUUCAAAUUCCCGUUUUGGAAUCCAUCGAGCGCCCCAGGCUGGAAUCCUGACAUUCUGGGUCCGCUGAAGGGGCAGGCAGCUCGCACGGCGUACCAGCUACUUCGCAUCCCGCCAUACUGGUUCAUCGGUGCCUUUACAGCUGGGAUACUGGCGCAGAGCUACUCUACCGCGAUCGGAACCAUUUCAAUCGCGCAGGAUGAGCGAUUGAAGGCGUUGAAUGAGGCAAUUAAGCAGCUUGCCAAGAACAGGUCUGGCCUCCCUAGCCGCCAGCCCGCGCCCAACGCUCCUCGCCCAGCCCCAGCCUCGCAAAGCGAUGGCAAUGGUAUGUACGAUGAUAUGUCACCGGCCUCCGGCUCGUAUAGCGAAAGCCCGGCGCGCUCAGACUCGCCCAAAGAUGCCGCAUCACGUUGGGGCCAGGACCGACCGGUUGCUCCAUCUGGUUCGUAUGACGAUGCAUCGCCAACUGGCGGCUUGGGCCCCUUUGAUUCGGGCAUCUCUUCAGCCGGCGGCUCCGCAUGGGACCGUGUCAGACAACAAGCUUCCUCAGGGCAGGGGCCCCCAAGUGGAUCUUCUGCGCCGUGGGCCAGAUCCACACAGAAAGAACAACGUACAGGAUCGACUUUUGGGGAUAGCUUCACAUUCUCGAGCAGCGAAGAGGAGAGGCAGCUUGCGAAGGCUGAGGCACAGAGAGAGUUCGAUGAAAGGAUCGAGAAAGAGAGGAGAGGUGCGGAUUUCAAUGAAGGCAGCAAGAGAUGGUGA